GAUCAAAAAUGCCGAUGAACGGCACGCAGCUCCUCUCCCUCUCUCCCUCUCUCACUCUCUCACUGUAAACAUCCUGCUCAUGCUUGUGUUUUUCUCCAGAGGAGAUCUUUGACAGCUUGUGGUCGUAUAGCGUCUCUGACAGACCUGUCUAUGUGGGAGUAUGUGUGUGUGGGUGUGGGUGUGUGUCCAAUGUGAUGUUGGGUCGACGGAUGCGGUGAUGAGGAUUAAGGAGUAGGAAGUGGGGAUGCUGCUUUUCCUCUUGGGACGUCGCGUUUGUUUGUUUCCUCAGCGAGGUCCUUUGCACGCUGGGGCUGGGGGGGAAGGAGGGGUGACUGGUGUGUGUUUGUGCAUGUGUGUGUAUGGGGAAAGAUCUCCUGGCUGUUUUGGCGUCUGCUGCGGCUCUGCUGGAAAGCCCCCCCCUCCCCUCUCUCCCUUCCUCCCCCUCUGAAAGGUGAAGCUGCCUCUCUUCCUCUCUCCACCUUCACUCGGUGUGAGUUUAUCUCUACAUGAGUCUGAGCCCCGGAAGAGGAGCCACCGCCGACGCAGGGUCCCGCUGCAGCCUCUGGCCUCAGGCUACCAGGCUGCGGACAGACCUCUGGCCUUCCCCUUCUGUGGGGGGGCAGACAUCAUGGAGGAAUCCUCGUCUAAAGCCACGGACUCCAGCACUCAAAUUGAUGAGCCUCCCCUUGCUGUGAAGAAUGUUAAUGUGCUUCUUGAGAGAAAAAGGUCAGAGGGCAUCAGCAGCCUGUCCAGAGACGACGACUCCACCCUGCUCAACCCGGACACCAACAGCAGCAUCCUGGACAACAACACCAAGUCGGACUCGUGCCUCCCAGAGGGGAGGAGUAAGUCCAGCUGUCUUUGCUUCAGCGAUGGAAAGAGUCGCAUUGACUACAUCCUGGUUUACAGGAAGUCUAGCUCGCAGUCAGAGAAGAGGGAGAUAUUUGAGCGGAACAUCCGUGCAGAGGGCUUACACAUGGAAAAGGAGGCCUCUUUGACAAACAGUGAUGUGAUUUUUCUGAAGCUUCAUGCACCGUGGGAUGUCCUCUGUCGCUACGCAGAGCUCAUGAACAUCCGUAUGCCUUUUAGGAGAAAAAUCUUUUUCAUGCACCGACGGCCCAAGUUCAUGAGCAGGAUGGAAAAGCGCAUCAACAAAUUUCGUGGCUGGCUUCCUCGAAAGCCCAUGAAGUUUGACAACAACACUUUACCCGACCUAGAGGAAAACGAGAGCUUCACUGCCCCCUUCAGUCGAUCAAGGAUACAUCAUUUCAUCAUCCACAACAAAGACACCUUUUUCAACAACGCCACAAGAAGUCGCAUCGCCCAUCACAUCCUUCAGCGGGUCAAAUAUGAGGAGGGCAAAAAUAAGAUGGGGCUUAAUCGUCUGUUGAGCAAUAGUUCAUAUGAGUCAGCUUUCCCUCUUCACGAGGGGAGCUACCACAGCAAAAACUCCAUCAGAACACACGGAGCAGAGAACCAUCGGCACCUGUUGUACGAAUGCUGGGCCUGGUGGGGCGUGUGGUACAAAUACCAACCACUGGACCUCAUCAGGAGGUAUUUUGGUGAGAAGAUUGGUCUGUACUUCGCCUGGCUAGGCUGGUACACAGGGAUGCUGUUUCCUGCAGCUCUGGUCGGCCUUUUUGUAUUCCUGUACGGCAUUUUCACUCUAGAGCACUGCCAGGUCAGUAAGGAAAUCUGCCAGGCCACAGACAUCAUCAUGUGCCCCAUCUGCGACCAGUACUGCCCCUACCUGAGGCUGUCAGACAGCUGCAUCUACGCCAAGGUCACCCAUCUGUUUGACAAUGGUGCAACAGUCUUCUUUGCUGUAUUCAUGGCUGUAUGGGCUACGGUCUUCUUAGAGUUCUGGAAAAGGCGCAGAGCUGUCCUUGCAUAUGACUGGGACCUUAUUGACUGGGAGGAAGAGGAGGACCAAAUACGCCCUCAGUUUGAGGCCAAAUACUCCAAGAAGGAGAGGAUGAACCCUAUAUCUGGAAAGCCUGAACCGUACCAAGCUUUCACUGACAAAUAUAGCCGACUUAUCGUUUCGGCAUCUGGGAUCUUCUUCAUGAUACUGGUGGUGAUUGCCGCUGUGUUUGGCAUUGUAAUUUACCGAGUGAUCACCGUGAGCACCUUUGCCGCCUUCGGCUGGGCUCUCAUAAGGAACAACUCUCAGGUGGCGACCACGGGAACGGCAGUGUGCAUCAACUUCUGCAUGAUAAUGCUCCUCAACGUGCUCUAUGAAAAAGUUGCUCUUCUUCUCACUAAUUUAGAACAGCCAAGGACAGAGUCUGAGUGGGAGAACAGCUUCACUCUCAAGAUGUUCCUUUUCCAGUUCGUCAACCUCAACAGUUCAACUUUCUACAUUGCCUUCUUCUUGGGAAGAUUUACUGGCAGGCCUGGAGCAUAUCUACGCCUCAUCAACCGCUGGAAACUGGAAGAAUGCCAUCCAAGUGGCUGUCUCAUCGACCUCUGUAUGCAAAUGGGGAUCAUCAUGGUGCUGAAACAGACCUGGAACAAUUUCAUGGAGCUCGGCUACCCGCUGAUCCAGAACUGGUGGACACGGCGGAGGCUGAGGAGAGAGCAUGGGAAGAAUGCCAAGGCCAGCUUUCCACAGUGGGAGAAGGAUUACAACCUACAGCCAAUGAAUGAAUAUGGACUCUUUGAUGAAUAUCUAGAAAUGAUUCUACAGUUUGGUUUCACCACCAUCUUUGUGGCAGCUUUUCCUCUGGCCCCUCUCUUAGCGCUGAUCAACAAUGUUAUCGAGAUCCGUUUGGACGCCUACAAGUUUGUAACACAGUGGCGGCGCCCUCUGCCCUCACAAGCCAAAGACAUUGGAAUCUGGUAUGGCAUUCUGGAGGGCAUUGGCAUCUUGUCUGUCAUCACCAAUGCCUUUGUCAUCGCUGUUACCUCAGACUUCAUCCCUCGCCUUGUUUAUGCCUACAAGUACGGACCGUGUGCUGGUCAGGGUCGAGCAGGGGAGGGGUGUAUGAUGGGUUACGUUAACGCCAGUCUCUCAAUAUUCCGGGUGUCUGACUUCGAGGGGAAAUCACAGUCCAUGACUAAUGGCUCCGAACUGUUUGGAGAAGCUGUGAAGUAUUGCAGGUAUCGGGACUACAGAGAGCUUCCGGACUCCGCUGAGCCGUACGGAUACACUCUGCAGUUCUGGCACGUCCUGGCUGCCCGCCUAGCAUUCAUCAUUGUAUUUGAGCAUAUGGUGUUUUCCAUCAAGACGCUGAUUGCAUACCUGAUCCCUGACCUCCCCAAAGACCUGCGCGACAGAAUGCGUAGAGAGAAAUACUUGAUCCAGGAGAUGAUGUAUGAGGCCGAGUUGGAGAGACUCCAGAAGGAGAAAAACGACAAGAAGAAGAAGAAAGAACAGGCCCAUCACAAGGAAUGGCCCUGAACGCAACAACUGGUUAUCAACUGGUGUUUGAAAUUCACUGCACAGUGGAGAAAGGGGAGGAGCGCUGGGUUUCCUGCAUGAUAAUGGACCCUCAUUCCUUCCUCAAGCCAUGUCAGACCAGCACCUCCAAGAGGACAGUAGAUGAACUGCAUCGAGCGGGCCUUGUGGCUUCAAACAUAACGGAUGUCCUCUUUUUGCUACUUUUGUUUUUUCCGUGUGUUUUAACCACGUUGGACCAUCUAUGCUACAGCGUAUGUCUUCAGAUCCUGAAUGUAGAUUCCAAGACUAAACUGUUUCUUGAUUUAAACAAGAGAACAAACUCUUCCCAGCUUACUGAAUGACAAACCCUGUUUACAUUUCUCCUUGUUUGAGGAGUUCACAUGCUGCUUUAUUGUAAAUAAAGAUAUUUAAAUGUCCGGCCAUCUGCUCUGCUAGUGCAAUAAAAAACUGAUAAUGCAAUUUCUGAAGAAAUUGCGGUGUUCUUGCUGGCUAGCUACUGACAAUAAAUGAGUCUGUACUCGGUAGCUAAAGUGUGUUGAUUGAAAGCUGAAGAUGUAUUUGCCUCAUGUGUAUUAGGGUGCUGAGUAGCAUUGCUUAAUAAAGAGCUUGAAGCUGAACUGCAUUUAUGGCUAAAAAAAAUGUAUUAAGGGGCAGCUAAAGAAGUAUGUAGAGUUGGAAUGAUAGUUAUAGUGCGAGCAAUAAAAGGUUUUCUUAUAAAUUGUAUAAAGAAGGAGUUGAGGGGUGUGUGUGUGUGUGUGUGUGUGUGCGCGUGCGUGCGUGCGUGCGUGCGUGCGUGCGUGAUAUUUUAAACUGCAGUUACACCCGUUGACUGUACAAAUUCACUGAAUUAGAAUUUGGAGCUACCUUUUUAAAGUGAGUGGCAGGGUUAGGUAAAAACAACGCUAGCUUACAGUUCUCCAAAUAAAAAGAUGUCCACAUACAAAUAUACAUUGAUGUUCUCUUCACUCACAUUUGGCCAACAAAUCAUUCCUUAAAGCACGACCAAGCGUCAAAGCCUUUGUAUGCCUUCAUACCUGUAAAUCAGGUACAUAUAUAUGUCAGGAAACCCGAGUCCUGGUUCUUUGUUUACUUGUUUUUUUGCUGUUUUGCUUCUAAAAUGUAUUUUCUAAGCCUGUCUUACUAGGUGUCAUUCUGUCUGCGUUCAUAGUUUCAUUGUUUAAACAAGGACACAUUUGUUUACAACUUGAUGACAGAACUUUGCAAAGUCUGAGAAUAAGUUCAAGAGAAACUUUAAAGAGAAAUGUAACCCAACUAACUUAAAACAUUGAGUCCUUUUAUUUAACUCUGCACAACAUGCCAGAAAAGCUUUGACCGAUUAUGCUUCACCGAUUAUUUCUGAUAAUGUCGUGGAUGAGCUGAACAUUUUGACGUUUAAAUUAAGUUGAACAGGUUUGCAGAAGAAAAAGGAUAAUAAAUGUUGGCCCAGCAAUCCCACCAAUAAAAGUUAUUUAGAUAUCUCUAUGAAAUAUGUGGCAGUGUCUACAGCUGGCUAGAAUGGAAAAUGCUUUCCAUUUGAAUUUAGAUCCAUAACUGCAUU